AUGUGUUCCAUUUCAUUGCCGUGCAAAGUGGACCAUAUUUAUUUGAUUACUGGUGCAGUGACUAAUGCUAAAAGUCAUUGUUGCUAUCUAGACACAUAUCUUCAGUCAACAUCCACCAUGCAAUUGCCGGGACAAGAAAAUAGGGUACAAGGAAUGCUGAAUGGGUCAGCACCACCUAAAGAUCCACCUGAUGAAAGUCAUGCAAGACUCAAGCGGGAAAAAGAGAAACAUGACCACUAUGCAUUAAUUUUGGAUCUUCUCCAUUGUUAUAUAUUAUACCAUCAUGGUCUUUACACAAAUCUCAAAACCAUUGAAGCAGAAACACUUGUGGAAAAGGUGAACAAAGUUCCUCCCUCAACAACUCCUGCUGCUGAACAUGAUUUUCCCUUUCAAGAACAGAAUAUUCAUCGUGCUGAAACCGGGUAUGAAAGACAAAUUUCUGCUUUUGGAGGGAAUUGA